AUGUUAUGGGCGAAAUGGAAGUUGGAUUUAACAAAUAUUGGACCAAAGGGUCGUACAACAGAUCCAUCUCUUACACCACCAGGUUUUUUACAGACAGGAUCUUCUACGCAUCAGGUAGAACAAAGUGGAAUCAAUGAGCAAACAGAUCACUUGGUAAAGAAACGCGCGUGGGACAUGGCUUUGCAACCUGUCAAAAGUUUACCUAUGAACAUGUUUAUGAUGUAUAUGUCUGGCAAUACAAUUAGUAUAUUUCCUAUUAUGAUGAUUGCGAUGAUGGCUUGGCGUCCUGUUAAAGCACUGAUGAGUGUUAAUCCAGUCUUUAAACCUUUACAGGAUGAGCAUAUAGGUUCACUUCUUCCUCACAAGCUUGUUUUUGUUCUUGGAAACAUGGUUGCGAUAGCGAUGGCACUUUAUAAGUUACAUGGAAUGGGAUUGUUACCUAAUCAUGCAUCAGACUGGCUUGAUUUUCAGUUACCUCCUCAACGUUUGCAAUAUUCGCUUGUUUCUGAUACUUAUAUCGCAUGA